AUGGGGCUGACAAUAUCGUCAAUCUUCGGUCGACUUUUUGGCAAGAAACAAAUGCGGAUUUUAAUGGUUGGCUUGGAUGCUGCCGGAAAGACGACCAUCCUAUACAAGCUGAAGCUCGGCGAAAUUGUAACCACCAUCCCAACUAUAGGCUUCAACGUGGAGACGGUGGAGUACAAGAACAUUAGUUUCACCGUGUGGGAUGUCGGCGGCCAGGACAAGAUCAGACCCCUGUGGCGACAUUACUUCCAGAACACGCAGGGCCUUAUCUUUGUCGUGGACAGCAAUGACCGAGAGAGAGUGGCCGAGGCUGCAGAUGAGCUCUCCAAGAUGUUGGGCGAGCAGGAGCUGAAAGAUGCCGUGUUGUUGGUGUUUGCCAACAAACAGGACCUCCCCAACGCCCUGAGCAUCAGCGAGAUCAAAGAUCAUCUGGGUCUCAAUAACCUGAGGAACAAAGACUGGUACGUUCAGGCGACCUGCGCCACUCAGGGCACCGGUUUGUACGAAGGACUGGACUGGCUUUCCAACGAGCUCUCCAAGUAG